AUGGCUCAAAGAAAUAAAAGUAAAUCAACUACUGAGAAGACUCAAAGUUCACUAGAUAAACUAACAGAAGGAAGCCAGAAUUAUUUACUUAACCUUGAGGAACAAUUGAUAUCUAGCACCCAUUCAACUCUAAACAACCAAGAAAGCAUCUAUGACUUUCUAAAAGAAAUCACUAAGGCUUUUCAAGAUGCAGCAACUAAAGUGGUCCAAGAAGAUA